CACAGGUCAGAUGGAGCAGCGGCGUUCACCUGCGUCUGUGUCUGCUGACUGAUCCGAGGAGAUCAAACAGAAGUCCAUGACACUCGAGUUGAUGACUUGGUCCGGACGCUCUCAUUUAACGUGAUAGAACUCGUUAUUUUUCAUGUUUCUUUCGUAACCUUUUUCCAUGCCGAUGAUCGUGACAAUGAAUGGGGACCACCAGGCGGCUGCGUCUGCACCGCUGGAUCUCAGCACUUGUAAACGAGGAAGCGCUGCAGGUUCGGCGCCGGCGUCCAGCUGCAACUCGCCGCCACCUCCUGCCUCCUCGGGCACGAACCAUGCGCAUGGUCGCCUCUCAGCGGACUCCCGAAAACGGCCGAGCUCUCUCCUGCUUCCUCUCAGGAAGCGUCCCAUCCGCGUGGGAGCGAACUUGCCGAGCGAGGGGGGAGAUCGCAGUUCCCCGGCGGAGGCUGCGGACUUGCUGCGUCAUGGUGCGAGGAGACCCGGGCGGCUGGAGCCAGAAGCGGGAGACAGCGGCGUAGUCCGUGGGGGUUCGUUAACAUGUUACCAAUCUCAAACGACACCACAGCAUCCGAAUGUUUAUCAAGCUGGUUUCCUGUCUUAUGGUCACCAACUGCUGUAUUGCCCACCGCCUGAGCGCAACCACUCUUUUCUUUGCCACACUGACUACCGCUCUGGCCUCGCCAUCGCAACACGCAAGGACGAUGACGGUGAUACGGCUCUUCAUAUAGCUGUGGUUCAAGGGAAGAUGCCCAUUGUCUCCAUGCUGCUCCAGCUGCUGAUAUCGGCCAAUAAAGACUUGGAUAUCUACAACAACCUUCGUCAGACCCCGCUUCAUCUGGCAGUCAUAACCCAACAGCCUGCCAUGGUUGAAAUACUGUUGAGGGCUGGGGCUGAUCCUGCAGCUGUGGACCGUAAUGGCCAGACAGCCCUCCACCUGAGCUGUGAAUACGAGCAGCUCGAUUGUCUGUCUCUCCUACUCACCAAGAAAAAUCUGUCCUCAUGCCUGGAGAAGAAAAACUGCGACGGUUUGACACCUUUACAUCUAGCUGUGCUGCACGGGCGCAAAGACAUGGCCAGUGAGUUAUUGAAGGUUGGCGCUGACAUCAACGCUAUGGAUGACAAAAGUGGCCAGAACCCUCUGAUGCAUGCGGUACAGUGUGAUAACAUCGACAUGAUCUACUUCCUGAUUGAGGAACGCUGUAAUGUCAACUGCCAGUCCUACAGUGGAAACACAGCGCUGCACAGUGCGAGUGGCCGCGGACAGGUGGAGACGGUGCAGCUCCUGCUAAAGAACGGUGCUGACAGUAGCCUGAAAAACUACCACAACGACACGCCAGUAAUGGUGGCCAAAAACAAAGCUACGACAGAUGUUCUAAGAGGUCGGCUGGUCAAAACUGAGCAGAGAUCAAGAUCCACGGUGUCUGACAACCAACCUUACAGACAAUGGAACAGCAUCUCCAGUACACCGUACACCAUCGAGAAUACAUCACAAUUCUGACAUCCCGUCUGUUUUUCAUUUUGGAUCAUAAAGUCUUUUGUGUCAGCAUGCUGAAAAACCAGGUGGCUUGAACAAAAUGGACUUAACACAGAUCUGUUCCAUUUGGAAGCAUGUGCUGUGCAAGUAUUGAAGAACUUGAAGGACUUUAAUUUAAGACUUGAUAUUACGACUUUACCACUUCGGCAACCACGACGUGGUUCUUAAGUUGGGGACACAUGCCCUGAUACGCCUCUUCCUUUGCUGGAUUUAUGAAUUGUAUUCCAUCAGCUGCGGUGUUUGUUUGUUUUUUGUAUAGUUAAUAUAUAUAUAGUGAUGUAUUUUUCAUAUAAAAACUCUUUGCAAACUUGUCUUGUUUCUUUAUGUUUGUAUAUUUCUAGACGCU